CAGAGCUCCGCACGGCUUCUACUCCGCAGACCGCCAUGAGCUUUCUUUUUCCAGCAAGCUUAAGCUUCUUAUCAGAGACCUAACUGUCGAUCAGCAUUGGCACGACUCAGCGAGCCCUGAACACCGAAGGCCCUUUGUUGUGUGUGUUCCAAGGAAUGUAAGGCGAGGCUGGUUUAAUUUCCAUCAUACAAACGCGCCUUACCACUACUGACGUUUCUUGAAAUUUAUUGGCACCCACUACUAUGCGAUACUACCAACCUUGAAGCACCUGCGUUAGUAAGACCAUCAAACAGAUUUUGGUUGGUAAGCUACUAGUAUUCGCAGACAUCGCAGUUGUAACACAGACUAGCGGGAGUUAGUCCUAAACUCCUUGACCCAUUCACAUUCACAUUCAUAAUUCCGUUUACGCUUUAGGGGGUAGAGGGGAUAAAUUAGCAUUUUCUCCAGCUUCUCCUUUCUCAGCUUGAUUCGCAACCUUCCCUUCUCCUUUUUUCUUUCUCUUCCUCUCUCCGGUGUGUGUGCAACUCGACGAGCAGUUAUCUACGCUAUGUUCUACACCACAGCGGAACGUUCACAGCGCGAUGCGCAAGAAGGCACGAUUCCGUUGCAUAAUGUCCAACAAAACGAAAUACCUCUGCAUGCACGUGAAGAGACGUCAUCCUCAUCAUCGGGUAAUGAUGUUGAAGACAAUGGAACCUGGGGCGAGAGGGACAUUGGAGGUCCCGUCAAUUUACGGAAUGCCAUGCUGGAGUAUGAAAAUAUGAGAUGCGAAUUUACCCAUUUGUCGAAAACACGAAGUGCAAAGACAGAAAAAUCACAAACGAAUAGGUCUGGUCUGAGGAGACUUGUAACGGGAGCUAGUGGUCGGUUACAUGCUGCUCCUACAGAACCGGAACGUGAUCCUGCAGAGAUUGAGGAACAGAAGAAGCCAGAAAGUUUGGAUGAGGAUGAAGAUUUUGAGCUGAGCGAAUUUCUCAAAGAUGGAUUUUUUGAAAAGCGCCAGGAAGGAAAGUCGGCGAAGAAGGUGGGCGUGGUUUACAAGAACUUGACGGUCGAAGGGGUUGGCGCAACUGCGACGUUCGUCAAAACAUUACCUGGAGCAGUUAUGGGAGUAUGUUUACCCUCUUAUCAUUUCAAGUCUGCUUUCUAACCCGUGGAUCUAACCAAUUUUGAUAGACUUUUGGCCCGGACUUUUACAAAUUACUGUCCCGUUUUGUGCCAUUCUUACCGCAACUCGGCUCACAAGGCGAGCGAAGAGAUCUCAUUCAUGAUUUCAGCGGUGUCGUGAGAGACGGAGAAAUGCUUCUCGUUCUUGGCCGGCCAGGAAGUGGAUGCAGCACUUUUUUGAAAGCAAUUUCCAAUAAACGGGAUAGCUUUGCUGGUGUUAAUGGUGAAGUGUCUUAUGGUGGUAUUCCUGCAAAAGAGCAGAGAGAAAAAUAUCGUGGAGAAGUUGUGUAUAAUGAAGAAGACGAUCUGCACUUCCCCACGCUCACGGUAGAGCAGACUUUGGACUUUUCGCUUUCCAACAAGACGCGGAAGCAUGAGAAAGGGGAUAUUCCAGUCAUCAUUGGGGCUUUGCUUAAGAUGUUUGGAAUAACCCACACAAGACAUACUCUGGUUGGCGAUGUAAGUCCAAUGACCCUCUUCACAUUUCCCUGUUUUCAUUCUACCGGAAACAAUUUCUGAUAAUGAGUAGGCUUUUGUGCGUGGAAUAUCUGGUGGUGAGCGAAAACGAGUGUCAAUAGCAGAAACACUCGCCACAAAAUCCACUGUCGUUUCUUGGGAUAAUAGUACACGUGGACUUGAUGCUUCUACAGCCCUUGACUAUGCCAAUAGUCUUCGGGUUAUGACUGAUAUCAGUAACCGGACCACUCUAGUUACGUUAUACCAAGCAGGCGAAGGAAUAUAUGAGCUCAUGGACAAGGUUUUGGUGAUUGACGAAGGAAGAAUGAUAUAUCAAGGUAAGAACAGUACCACAAUCUCACUCAAUCACCCGCCUGCCUUCCUUGCCCUUCGCGCCUUUCGGAAAAUACGGUCUAACACACAACAGGGCCUGCAAAUGAAGCCAAACGAUAUUUUGAAGAUCUGGGAUACCACUGCCCAGACAGGAAGACUACUCCAGAUUUCUUGACAUCUAUCACUGAUCCCGAGGAACGGAAAUUCCGCGCCGGCUUUGAAGGCCCAAUACCUAAAGGACCCAUUGAAUUGGAGAAAGCCUUUAAGGAGAGCGAAUCUUACAAAAAUGUUCUUCGUGACAUCGAAUCUUAUGAAACCAUGUUGCGAGAGUCUGACCAUGCCGAUGCAAGAGAAUUCAAGCAGACAGUAGAGGAGGGCAAGUCAAAGAGGGUAUCAAAUACCUCACCUUACACAGUAUCUUUCGUUCGACAGGUUCUUGCGUGUACGAAACGCGAAUUUUGGCUCACAUGGGGUGAUAAAACUUCCCUCUACACUAAGUUCUUCGUCAUCAUUUCCAAUGCCCUCAUUUUCGGCUCUCUCUUCUACGGACAAACCGCGGAUACGAUGGGUACUUUUUCUCGCGGUGGUACUUUGUUCUUCUCUAUUCUUUUCUUGGGAUGGCUUCAAUUGUCCGAAUUGAUGAAAGCUGUUGGUGGAAGAGCGGUUAUUGCAAGGCAUAACGAUUAUGCUUUCUACCGACCGUCUGCUGUUGUUAUUGCUCGGGUUCUGCAAGAUUUACCGCAGCUUCUGCUUUAUGUUAUACCAUUCUCGCUAAUCAUGGUAAGUAAAGAUUUGAUUUAUGGGUUCAUUCCACUGCUGACUGAAAGUCUAGUAUUUCUUGACCGGACUUGAUGUUGUUGCUGGCAAAUUCUGGAUUUACUUCCUCUUCAUCUACACGACUACUAUCUGUAUCACUGCACUUUAUCGAAUGUUCGCCGCUCUCUCCCCGACUAUCGAUGAUGCAGUAAGAUUCUCUGGCACAGGACUGAACCUCUUGAUGUAAGUAAUCUGUCUGCCUUCAUUUCUUGCCACGCAACUAAUGAAUAUUUAGUAUCUAUACCGGUUAUGUGAUCGCAAAACCACUCUUAAUCUCAAAGUACAUCUGGUUUGGAUGUAUCUAUUAUAUCAACCCAGUUGCUUAUAGUUUCGAAGCAGUUCUUACGAAUGAACUUAGUAACAAGAGAUUAGAAUGUUCUCCAGCACAAAUCGUUCCCUCAGGACCUACUUACAACAACCCGCUGUAUCAAGGUUGUGCUACACCUGGUGCUCAAAUCGGAUCACUAAGCGUAUCUGGGGCGACGUAUUUGCAGACUGCCCUCGAAUAUUCGAGAAGCAACUUGUGGAGAAACUUUGGUGUUGGUGAGUCAAUCAGUCCUACUAAACAUACUUUAGACUCCGGAAACUCACAAAGUAUCUAGUGAUCGCAUUCACGUUCCUGUACAUCCUUGUCACUGCAGCAGGAUCCGAACUGUUCAAUUUCACCAAGGAGGGAGGGGGCGCUUUGGAGUUCAUCAAAAGCAAAACCACGAAGAAACAACUCAAAAGCGAUAAGCCACCUUCAGACGCCAAGAAUGCAGAUGUUGAAAAGGGUACAAUUGAACGAACAAAUACAAACGUUCGUCCAACUAGAACUCUUUCCCAGGCUCAAGAAGAGGAGAUUCUGCAAAAUAUUGAGUCAGCUGGAAGUGUUUUCACCUGGGAAAAUGUUUCUUAUACAGUGCCUUACAUGGGCGGUGAGCGGCAAUUAUUGAACAAAGUCUGUGGCUAUGCCAAGCCUGGCUGCUGUAAGUGAUUUUAUUGGUUCAGGAUGGCAAUUCUGGAGUAUUGGCUGACCAUUUUCGAUAGUGAUUGCUCUGAUGGGUGCUUCUGGUGCUGGCAAGACAACUCUGUUAAAUACUCUUUCUCAACGUCAAAAAACUGGCGUGGUCACUGGAGAUAUGCUGGUUGAUGGAAGACCACUGGGAAUGGAGUUCCAACGAGGGACCGGUUUCUGCGAGCAAAUGGACCUUCACGAUGGUACUCAGACGAUUGAAGAGACAUUGCAGUUCUCUGCUAUUCUUCGCCAGGACCGUGAUAUCCCAAGAUCAGAGAAACUCGCUUAUGCCGACAAAAUUAUUGAUCUUCUCGAACUUCGUGGUAUGAAGGAUGUUCUGGUCAGAUCCCUCGGAGUUGAACCAAGAAAACGGGUUACGAUUGGUGUCGAAUUGGCAGCAAAACCAAACUUACUGCUAUUCCUUGACGAACCAACAUCAGGGCUAGAUAGUCAGAGCGCAGACAGCAUCAUCCGGUUCUUGAAGAAACUUACACAUGCUGGUCAGGCUAUCGUCUGUACCAUUCAUCAACCAUCAGCAAACUUGUUCCAGCAAUUCGAUAUGGUUCUUGGCCUGAAUCCCAAGGGCAAUACCUUCUAUUUUGGCCCAAUUGGCGAUAAUGGCUCUGAUGUUAUCAAAUACUUUGCCGAUCGAGGAGUCCAGUGUCCACCACAAAAGAACGUAGCUGAAUUCAUACUGGAAACAGCUGCCAAAGGAGGCAAGCGAGAAGACGGAAGAAGAUUGAACUGGACGGAUGAAUGGCGAAACUCGGAAAAUGCCAAAGAGCUCAUGCAGGAAAUUCAACGAAUCAAGGCUGAGCGAGGAGAAGUCGAACUCAACAUGAACAUCCAACAACACGAGUUCGCUUCCACAGUCUUAUCUCAGACAACCGAGCUCAAUAAACGGCUAUUUGUCAACUAUUGGAGAGAUCCAUCAUACUUGUACGGCAAGAUCUUUAUCUCAGUCAUCAUUGGAAUCUUCAACGGCUUCACGUUUUACUCUCUCGGUAACACAAUUGCUGAUAUGCAAAAUCGAAUGUUCACAUCCUUCCUGAUUCUUUUGAUCCCACCCACCAUCGUCAACGGGGUUGUUCCAAAAUUCUACGGCAACAGAGCAUUGUGGGAGGCAAGAGAACUCCCUUCUCGAAUCUAUGGAUGGUUUGCAUUUUGCAGUGCCAACGUAUUAGCAGAGAUCCCAAUCGCAAUCUUCGGAGGAACGAUCUACUGGGUCCUAUGGUACUGGGCCACCGGUCUUCCAACAGACUCCUCAACCUCAGGCUAUGUCUUCCUCAUGGUCGUUUUAUUCGUAAGUCGCUGUCCACCUCCCAAUACCUUGGGCAGAAACUAACCAGAGAAACAGUUCCUAUUCCAAGCCUCCUGGGGCCAAUGGAUCUGCGCCUUCGCCCCCUCAUUCACAGUAAUCUCCAACAUCCUCCCCUCCUUCUUCGUAAUCUUCUCCCUCUUCAAUGGCGUCGUGCGUCCCUACAGCGCCAUAACCCCCUUCUGGCGCUACUGGAUGUACUGGCUCAACCCAUCCACCUACUGGAUCGGGGGCGUCCUCUCCGCCACACUGCCAGGAACCCAAAUCCAAUGCUCCCCCACGGAAGCUGCAUACUUCAAUCCCCCGCCCAACCAGUCAUGCGGCACGUACGCCCGUGACUUCUUGACACAAGUAGGCCAGGGAUAUUUGAUUAAUCCGGAUGAUACGGCGAAUUGUGGAUACUGCCAGUAUCGUGAUGGAAACGAGUAUAUGCGCACCCUGAAUAUUGAACCGAGUGAUAAGUGGAGGUACUUUGGUAUCUUUUUGGCGUUUUGUUGGACGAAUUGGAUGUUGGUUUAUUUUUUUAUUUAUACGGUUAGAGUUAAGGGGUGGGCUUUUGGGAUUGCGUCGUUGUUUGGGGGUGUGAAGAAGGGUUUUGGUUGGAUUUCUGGGAAGGCUAAGAUGGCUAAGGGAGGUAGGAAGGAGGAAGUUAAGGAUGUGUAGAUGCUGAGCUUGAUUUUGCCUCGGUGUCUUCUGUGGUACUUUUAUUUUGAAGAUUGGGAGGUAGCUCCUGAAAACAUAGACUAUAAUUAUUAGAACAAGCUUUCGACAUGAGUUGUUUGUGAGAGGCUACGUAGUAAAC